AUGGACUUUGACCCUGCGAAUCGCGAUGUGCCGACGCCUCGGUACGAGCUCGAGUCUGGAUCGGAAGACGAGUUGGAGGCCGAGACAAGCAGGCGCCGCGCGCAAGAGCCUCUGCGUCUGCUCAAGGCCGAUGGAACUGAUACAGCGGGUGCGCUCGAACCCGGCUCGAAGCUCGUGAUCCUCGUGGGAGGUGCAGGUCUGGCACUGCUUGGCUCGCUGGGAGGGAAUGCGCCGGCACAGCAGUACACGCUGCAAGCUGAUGGCGAGCAACAUGCUGGCGUUGGAGUGGUCGACUCGACGGCUGGCGACAAGCUCAGCGUGGCCGUGGUUGCUCCUCCGCCGUCGACGCACUCGUCGCGCUUCCACAGCAUCGCCAAGACACUGCUGGAAGCGACGAAGCCAUGUAGCGUGGUGAUUGUGGAUUCGUACAGCCCACAGGACCAGCUGCACCGCUCGGCGUACGAGUCCGCUGAGGACGCCGAGUCGGACGCGCCGAUCAAGUACCUCGCCUCGCCGCGCUUCCUGGCGAGCAACAAGGUGGAUGCGAAACGAAUGGUGCCUCUGCGCGCACCCGAGGCAGCGAGUGGCGUAGGCGCCGCAUUCUUGUCCGAGGCGGUUGUGCGUGAUGUUCCGGCGAUACUUACGCUGCUUGAAGACGUGAGCUUCCAGUCGCACGUUCAGCUGUAUGGCUCGCUCGGAUCGGCGCGUCUUUCCACCUCCUCGUCGCAGGCGCUUGCGGCGGUGACGGGACUAGGCACCACCAAGACCGAGGCUCCCACUUGCACACGCACCGUUCUGGACUUUGCGACGUCGAGACGCACGCAGCCUGCCGCCAACCUGGCCGUGUUGGGCGACGGCAACAUCUCGACGCAGCGCAGCGCAGCUCAGCGCAUCAUCGUCGUCAUCAACCGCAUCACCGCUGCUGCCCAGCGCUCAACCUUUUUCCACUCAGCCGCCCACAGCUCAGGACUUCAACGACAGGCAGACUAUUUUCGGCCUCGCCCCGGCUUCGUCCAUUGUCCACGCUCCCGACAGACGCCGUUGCCGUGCCCUGCCGUGCCCUGUCGCUCUCGUACCGCACCACACCGUGCCGUGCCGUGCCUCACUCACCUCCAUCGUCAUCUGACGCUCAUCCGGGCCCUUGCACCGUCCUCAUCCAUCUCGACCCACGCUCGGCCCUGCCUUGUCGUCAUCUCCAGCACCUCCCCAACAGCACCCGCCGGCUCCAGUUGCACGCACCAGCCGUCGCUCGAGUUCGACUCCAACGCCGACCCAUUUGCACAGCAACCCAUCUUUCAUCUCGCAUCGACCCUCGAUUUCGCCCAUUCUCCAGCUGCACCGGUGACAAGCACCGUCGACCCAAUUCCGACUAUCGACUCUGCGAGCCCGCUCCUUUCCUCUUCAUCCUCGCCCUCUGCCAGCCACACCCCAACCAUGCCCGUUUUGGAGCAGUUCAAGAACUUUAUCAGACACGGAAAGGCUGCUCGCGAAGCGCCAGAAGGUUUGACCAACGAUCCUGCUGCCGCCGGCCCCUCAAUCCAAGUCCAACCCGCAACAGACACACAACAAGCAGGCUUUGCUCCCAACGACAAGGCGUUGCCCGUCCCCGCCGCCACCUCCCACUCCCACGCCGCCCCUUCCUCGGCCGCCGCUGCCACAUCAACAACCUCCACAACCGCAGCACCUUCCACCUCCACCUCCAACCAACAUCAGAACAACCAAACCCGCGACAUGAGACAAUCCACCAACGGCAACCACCUCGCCGUCCCCGCCGCAGGCUCCUCCAAGGGCGACCAAUACCAGCGCGAGGCAGAGCGCAUCGUCGCAGAGGAGCGCGAAGCCUCCGAAAAGAUGCCCUACUACGAAGGCCUCAGCGAACGCUUCCAGCUCAUCAAAAAGAUGGGCGACGGCGCCUUCUCCAACGUAUACAAGGCCCGCGACAGGCAGACCGGUCAGAAGGUCGCCAUCAAGGUCGUGCGCAAGUACGAGCUCAACAGCAAUCAGCAAGACGCAUGCUACCCGCUCUCGGCGCUAGGUCGCCUGCCAAGCUCCGGCCACAUCUUCCGUUUGCAACAGCACGGGCGUGGUUGGCACGCUGCAGGCGCCAGGCCGAUGACCCAUGUCCAUCCCGUUGCCUCGUCAAGGCUUGAUUGCUCGCUUUGCCUUGAUCCUUUUGGUCAAGAUGCAACCCGGUUCUUGCUGAGGUGUCGCACUGACUUGCCCCGUUCCGCUAGUCGAUCCGUAUACACGACCACCCGAACAAGAUGGCGGAACAAGCGCUUCGAUGCCGUGCAAAAGGCAACAGCCCGAACGGAACUAACCACAUUUUACCCUCCUUCCUUGACGCUCCCGGUGGUCCUCUCGCCGCCCUCCGCGACGCUGUAUCUACAAAACACCCUUGCCCGCACCGCCGGCUCACAGGAUCGACUUGACCCCAACUUCAGAAAGAAGAACCGCGUCACAGAGCGCGCCAACAUCCUCAAGGAGGUCCAGAUCAUGCGCAACCUCAAGCACGACGGUAUCGUCGACCUGCUCUCCUUCUCCGAGUCCCGCGACCACUACUUUUUGGUGCUCGAGCUCAUGGAGGGCGGCGAGCUCUUCCACCAGAUCGUCAAGCUCACCUACUUUAGCGAGGCGCUCGCCCGCCACGUCAUUCUUCAGGUCGCACACGCCAUCCGCUAUCUGCACGAGGAGCGCGGUGUGGUGCACCGCGACAUCAAGCCCGAAAACCUGCUCUUCGAGUCGAUCAAGAUCAUCCCGUCCAAACAUCCCAUCCAGCGUCCCUACGACGAGGAGAAGGAGGACGAGGGCGAAUUCAUGCCCGGCAUCGGCGGCGGCGGCAUCGGCCGCGUCAAGAUCGCCGACUUUGGGCUGAGCAAGGUGGUGUGGGAGGAGAGCACCAUGACGCCCUGCGGCACCGUCGGCUACACGGCGCCCGAGAUCGUCAAGGACGAGCGCUACUCCAAGUCGGUCGACAUGUGGGCGCUCGGCUGCGUGCUCUACACGCUCCUGUGCGGCUUCCCGCCCUUCUACGACGAGUCGAUCUCGGUGCUCACCGAAAAGGUCGCCAAGGGCUACUACACCUUUUUGAGUCCGUGGUGGGACGACAUUAGCGCUUCGGCCAAGGACCUCAUCACCCACCUCCUCUGCGUCGACCCUCGCCAGCGAUACACGAUCGACGAGUUCCUGCGCCAUCCAUGGUGCAACGUCAAGGAUCCCAUCCCGGACCUCAACUCGGCCGACAUUGCGCUCGCCAAGGCGUCCGAGAUGCCGCUCGACUCGCCGCUGCUGGCGUCGAUGAAGUCGGGCAACGCUGCGCGCAACGCCAUGAUGUCGCCGGGCAUCAACCGGCUCAAGGAGGCCUUUGACGUGACGUACGCCGUGCACCGCAUGGAGGAGGAAGGCGCACGCAAGCGCGCCGGCGGCGGCAACCCGCUCGGCGAGCUCAACGAGGAGGACGAGAGCGACGAGGCCGACGAGGCGCGCCGCAAGUACGGCGAGGCGGCGGGCCGUGCGGUGGAGAACCAGCGUGGCGCACGCGUGCACAACGAGGCAAGCGCUGCCAAGGCGCAACCUCGCCAGGCAGCACCACAGCAGCAGCAACAGCAGCCGCAACAACAGGCGCAGCAGUACCAGGGCCGCGGUGGUGCGGACCGCCGUCUGGCAGAGGCGGCACUGUAUGACGGCAGAGCAGGUCCGAGGGAUCGUGGCCAGAACUCGAACCGCAAGCGCGGCUUUGAGCUCAACAUGGGCAACGCCACGCUGCUCGGCAGGAGGAACAAGGCGGCUGCGGGCGCCCCGCGCUUGGACAACCUCGGCAAGCCCAUUGUCGAUGGCGCCCAUGCGGCAGGUGUCGUGCCGGGCAGCCCGAUGCGUGUAGACUAA